AUGGCCUCCUCGAACGCCCCCUCCUCCAACUCGCCAACCUUUCUCGAGCAGACCGCAUCCAUGUUGAGCACUGCUGGGGCCUAUCUGCGCCUUCCGGCCCUCGCCUCCACGGGCGUUGCUGCGGUUCUGACCUCGCUGCUCUACUUCAAACAGAAGGCCCUCAUCUACCCUUCACACAUGCCCCCGAAUGCCCGCACCGAAGUACCCCGGCCAUCCCAGUUCGGCAUUAAGGAUUUCGAAGAGCUGGUGAUCCCUACCAACGAUGGCGAGAAGCUGUCCGCCUUCUACAUUCGCGGCCCCCGUGGCAACCGCAACUCCGACAUCACGGUGCUCAUGUUUCACGGCAACGCCGGCAACAUCGGCCACCGCCUGCCCAUCGCCCGCAUGCUGAUCAACUUCAUCGGCUGCAACGUCUUCAUGCUCGAAUACCGCGGCUACGGUCUGUCGACCGGCGAGCCUGACGAAUCGGGACUCUACACCGACGCCCAGACCGCCAUCGAGUACCUCCGCGCCCGCGCCGAGACGAGCAACCAUAAGCUGGUCGUCUACGGCCAGAGCCUGGGCGGCGCCGUCGCCGUCAAGCUCGUCUCGAAGCACCAGAAGCACGGCGAUAUUGCGGGCCUCGUCCUCGAAAACACGUUCCUCUCGAUGCGGAAGCUUAUCCCCUCCGUCAUCCCACCGGCCCGCUACCUGACCUACCUCUGCCACCAGGUCUGGCCGACCGACUCGGUCAUCCAUAACGUGUCCGUGCCGAUCCUUUUCCUGUCCGGCCUGCAGGAUGAGAUUGUUCCGCCAAACCACAUGCGCCAGCUCUACGACCUCGCCACAGCUCCCAUCAAGAUCUGGAAGCCGCUGCCCGGUGGCGACCACAACUCGAGCGUACUCGAGGAAGGGUACUUUGAGGCGAUCUCCGACUUUAUCACCUCCGUCACGGGCGACGAACAGAAGGCCGACCGACAGCGCUUGUAG